CUCCUCCUCGGACCUUCCCCGUCUGCAGCGGUAGAUCCGUGCUUCAAUUGACCCGUUCCUUUCCUAAGUACUACUUGACAGUCUCCGCUCCUGUUGGUCACCGUGACAGUUGCCUUGGUCGCUGAGGCCCGCGGUCUGUUUACCUCCGUCGCCCCUCCAACCCGCCCCAUGCCUUUCAGUCUAUGCGACCGUCCUGAUCACCCCUCGCACUUGAACGUCCCUCAUCUAUUUCGCCAUGGAGGAAUUUCUGCGCUUCUGGCGUCAGGAGGCGCUGAAUCGGGGCCAAAAUGAUGCGGCCAUCUACGUCGGCGAUAAAGUGUUCGCGCUGACCAACAGUGAUCAAGAUGCCUUCUGGCUUGCACGAGUCCAUUUCGCAAACAAGAAUUACGCACACGCCCUGGCUCUGUUGUCGCGGAAAGAUCUCAUCACGAAAAGUACGUCCUGUCGCUAUCUGGCCGCGCACUGUCACGUCAUGCAGAACCAGUUCGACCUGGCACUCAAAAUCCUGGGCGACCAUAGUCCCACACAUUUACUACGCAGCAGCAACAGCCGCCGCAAACUCCAACAUCUCAAUGGUCCCAGCCAUGUCACCUUGCGGAAUGGAAAGACGACGGCGUCGCGCGGCGAUCGAGACGAGGCGCGGGAGCUCCAGAAUGCCAGUAAUAUUCGUUUCGAGGCUUCAAUGUGUUACUUGCGGGGGCUCUGCUUCGCAAAGCAGAAUGCCUUUGACCGCGCCCGCGAUUGCUACAAGGACGCCGUCCGCAUCGAUGUGCAGUGCUUCGAGGCGUUUGACCAGCUUAUGAAGAACUCCCUAAUGUCGCCGGCCGAGGAACUGGAAUUCCUCGAGUCCCUAGACUUCGACUCCGUGUCCAGUCCCGAUCCGUCGGUGGCGCAGGAAGCCGCCCAUUUCACCAAAAUGCUAUACACCACCCGUCUGUCUAAAUAUUCCUCUCCGUCGAUCCUCUCGGACGCCACCGAAACACUAUCGACUCAUUACAACCUCGCGGAGAACUCGGAUAUUCUCCUCUCACGCGCAGAAGCUCUAUAUACCCAAUGCCGCUUUGCUGAAGCUUUAGAACUCACGUCAUCGAUCUUGUCCACCUCCCAGUCCGCAGUAUCAUCGCAAAUGACACCUGCGCCCCAUACGCCGGCUCUAAGCCACAUCGGUCAUCCGGCUGCCGUGUACCCCUUGCAUUUGGCUUGUCUUUAUGAGACGGGCGCCACGAAUGCUCUCUUCCUUUUGUCCCAUACGCUAGCGGACCAUGCCCCGGAGGAGUCUUAUACAUACCUUGCUAUUGGUGUUUACUACUUAUCCGUCUCAAAGAUCGCCGAGGCCCGGCGCUAUUUCUCCAAAGCAUCCCUCCUGGACCCGCAUUCGGCGCCAGCAUGGAUUGGCUUUGCUCAUACCUUUGCUGCCGAAGGAGAGCACGAUCAAGCCAUUGCGGCGUAUAGCACUGCCGCUCGGCUUUUCCAGGGCAGUCAUCUUCCACAGCUCUUCCUGGGAAUGCAACAUCUCGCACUGAACAAUAUGUCACUGGCACAUGAAUAUCUGUCGGCCGCCUAUACCAUGUCGACUGGCACUGCGUCCAGCUCUGCUCCCUCGAUCCGCGCCAAUCCGUCGGAACUCACCUCCUUGGGUGGCGACCCGCUUGUCCUGAACGAGCUGGGAGUCGUUCUAUAUCACCAGAAUCAUCUCGAAGGGGCCGUCGAGUUGUUCCGCCAGUCUCUGAGUUUGGCUACGUCGCUGCAGUGUGAGCCCGGGGCCUGGGUCGCUACGCGAGCCAACUUAGGACAUGCUCUGCGUCGGAUUGGCCAGUUCCACGAGUCGCUGGAAGAAUUCGACGAGUGCCUUCGUAUCGGGGCUGCAGGGGCGAGCUUCGGAUAUAGCCCAUUCCUCGGGGGCAGCGGCGGUAAUGCCUCUGGCGUGGCCUCGUCGGGCGUCGGAGGGUAUGAGGACCGCGGGCUGGUUGGCUCCCUGCACACUGCUCGUGGCCUGGUGUUGUUGGAGCUGGAUCGCACCAUGGAAGCGGUGACGGCCCUGCACGAGGCAGUGCGGGUUCUGGGAGCCAGUGGUGGCGGAGAUGCUGCUGGCGGUGCUGGGAUUGCUGGCACGCUCUUAUCACGGGCACUGGAGAUAUGGGCUCUGGAGGGCCAGGAGGAGCCGGUGGUGCUGGAAGAUUCUCGGACCACAGCGAGUCGCAGUUCAACGCGGUCCUCCAAGGGGAAGGGGCGGGUUUCGCGACGACGAGGCACUGCGGACGAGAGCUACGCUGAAGAGUGGACCGAUGAGGUUGCCCAUGUGGAUAGUCAGACCACAGUCACGGAAGAGACUGCCGUGGAUCGGGUGGAGAUGGAACUAGACGAUGAGGCGGAUGGAAUGCUCCGACAAGCAAUGAGCCGGGUGCGCGGGGGGCGAAGCAAACGACAAGGUCUGACGGAUGUGAGCGACACGGGACAUAGCCGGGGAUCGAGAAUGCGAAGCAAUGGGAGGCAUAGUUGAGCGAUUGGGACUUUGAAGCAUAGCAACUGGGCGUUUGGAUAUACCCUUGGCCUGGCACGGUUAUACAUGAUUCGGUUAUAGCAGGCGUACAUUGGAAUCAUUCCUAGACCAAUAUUAUACCAGUAUUAUUCUGUGC